CAGUAGUAGUAUCACAUCACUGAUUCGCAAACAUGACAUCCCUGACGCUUGUGUUGCUGUUGACCAUUACCUGUGUCUUCGUAAGAAACUCUUAUGGCUGGUCAGCGACGAGGCAGUAUGUAGAGCUUGAGACAGACACCCAGUAUAACUACCAGUCAUUGCAGGAGGUGGAUGUGAAGAUAAGAUCACAAGCCACAUCCUUCAAGUUCAAAAUCCAGGCUUCAAAUGACGCCCACGUUGCUUUGCUCACCUAUGAUGGCGAAACGGGACAGAACAUGUACGAAAUCGUCCUCGGUGGAUUUAGCAAUACGCGAUCUAUAAUCAGAAACAGCAGACAGGGAACCAACAGGGUCGAAACAUUUCAUUCUCCUCUCAGUUCCACGGAAUUCCGCGACUUCUGGAUCAGUUGGGAAGGAGGUGUGAUAUCAGUGGGCACAGGGACGACUGUUGGCGCAGGACAGUUCAUGACCUGGACGGACCCAGCUCCCAAUGAGGUCAACUAUCUCGCCGUCACAACGGGGUUCGGGUCUUCUGGGUCCUGGCAGUUUGAUUCCGACAGCACCUUGUUGAGUGGGGUACCUAUAGCAGGUGUUGCAACAGACAAUGUCUACCAGUAUCAGUCUGUUACCACCCGUGGCGUCCGCUUGACACAAAGAGGUAACUGUAUUCCGGCCCUCGUGUUCUGGUUAUAACGG